AUGUCACCCGCACCAAUUGCGCAGCCGGCCAGCGUGCUCCCCAAGAACCUGUGGAACGAAAAGGGUGAAUUGCAACGGCCAGCGUCCAUCUUCCGCAACUUCAUUUCCAGCGAUCCGAAAUCACAGUUUCCCGCAGAAGCUGGGCGCUACCAUCUAUAUGUCUCAUAUGCGUGUCCCUGGGCACAUCGGACGUUGAUCGUACGGAAGCUGAAAGGCCUCGAGGACAUCAUUCCAUUCACUUCCGUCAUGUUUCACAUGGACAUCAAAGGCGAGACACCAGACGAGACGGGCUGGAAGUUUGCCACGACCGAAACGGCAGAGCCAGAUCUUGAAGUGACGCCUGAUCCACUUCACCCAGACUUCCGGCGCGUACGACAGUUAUACUAUCUCGCAGACCCGAACUACUCAGGUCGCUUCACUGUGCCGGUACUGUGGGACAAGAAGCAGAACACGAUUGUCAGCAAUGAAUCGAGUGAGAUCAUUCGUAUGCUUAACACCGAAUUCAAUGGUCUUCUGCCUGAGAAGUACGCCAACGUCGAUAUCUACCCGGAGCAUCUGCGAAGCCAAAUCGACGAUGUGAACCCAUGGCACUACGAUGAUAUCAACAACGGAGUCUACAAAUGCGGUCUGGGUCAGACCCAGUUCGCUUACCACGGCGCAGUCACAAAGCUAUUCGACAGCCUAGACCGUGUCGAAGCACAGCUUUCUCAGAACGCCGAGAAGGGCUCUGGUCCGUACUACUUUGGCGAUGUACUUACGGAGGUCGAUGUACGUUUGUAUGUGACACUCGUGCGCUUUGAUCCAGUGUAUGUCAGUCUAUUCAAGACGAACAAGAAGAUGAUUCGGUAUGAUCUGCCUCAUGUGCACGAGUAUAUGAGGAGGUUGUACUGGGAGGAUCUGGCGUUCAAGGAGACAACUAUCAUGCACCAUAUCAAGGGCCAUUACUUUGAGAGCUUGACCAUGAUCAAUCCGAGUGGUGUGGUGCCUGAAGGGCCACUGCCACAUAUCCUACCUUUACAGGUUUGA